AUGCUGUUGGGAAAAAUCCAUGACGACGAUGACGACCUCCUGCACGAUAUCCAAGAAUUUGAGAGGAUCGAACGCGAAAGGCAAGAACGUUUUGGUGGUCCCCGUGACAAGAAGAGCAUGACCGACGCGGCGAGUAUCCAAGACCCAGGUGCGAAAUUCGCAAGAAAAACUGGCGAUGCAAGGAACACCACUAACAAACGGCCGCCACUCUUGAAUGAAAAAGGAGAACGGAAAUGUUACGACUGCAACCAGUACGGCCACUUGGCACGGGACUGCCCCCAGCCUAAGCGACCCUUGAAGUGCCUGCGCUGCAACGGAAUUGACCAUACCCAACGUCAUUGCAGAGAGGUGGCACAACCAGAGCGUAACGAGGCAAACACAGUGAGUGAACCAUCGAAUGAAACAGUGAGAGUUGGUGUUUUGCUGAAGCAAGUCAUACUAAAUGACAAGUUCUCCCUCAUUGGACUUAUUGACACGGGCAGCUCCGGCUGUUUACUUCGUGCGUCGGCGGCAGCUCGAUGUGGCACAGAGCUUGUUCAGGAGUCAACACCCCUGUAUGGUUUUGGAAACAGCGGCGUGCCUGUGUCUAGGAGCAUUGGAGGAUGCAAGGCUGACAUAAAGAUCGAUGGUGUCCUAGCGAAGGAUUUUCCAAUUCUUGUUGUCCCGGAUGAAGCCCAGGCGGUGGACCUAUUGGUUGGACGAACGUUUACUGAACUGCCCUACUUGACAUAUGCAAGAGUUGGAGGCAGUUUUCGAUUCUGGCACCUAAGCGACUGCCCGUUUGCGCACUUAGAACCGCUUGAGCACCACCAAGAACUACAACUGAAAGCAAGGGAGGAGGACAUUCUCCAGAAAGACUCGGUCAACUGGAUAACUUUGACGGCAGACGAAAGGGUCACAGGCCCUGUCAUUUACAGACACUGCGGGACGGACGUUCUAAUUGACAUUACUCUCGAUGAGGUGACGAUACCUAUGUAUCCUGCAAGUAAUGGUGAUAUCGUCAUCAGGAAGAGACAACCACUUGGGCGAGCCAAGCAAGUUAAAAUUUUGCCUGAAGUCCACACCGGUGGCGAGCAAGAUAAGGCGAGCGAGACCGAGCGACGACCCAUCCAGGGGACAGAAUUGGACUUGCAGUAA